AUGAUUAAUAUUCACAAGUUAUUUACAAUUAGUAACUUUUCAGAGUUAUUAAUCUUUUUAAUCAUUUUCUAUGUAUUUCAUUACUACUUUAUUUAUUUCACUCGACCGAAUCCUUUACCCGGCCCUUUACCAUUACCAAUUGUAGGAAAUAUUUUUCAAAUAGGAUUUAGUUUAAUAACUUCAGUUAAAAAAUUUCAAACAAAAUAUGGCGACAUUUUUGAGGUUUAUAUGUUUUCAGAACGUCAAAUUAUGUUAUGUAGUCCAUUAUUAGUUGAUAAAGUUUUUACAAAUUCUACAAAAACCAAUUAUUUUCGUCGAUCAUUAUCUACUCAAGGAUUUAAAGAAUUGGGAAUUGAUAAAGUUGGAGUUGCAUUUAAUAGAGAUUUAAAAAGUUGGAAAUAUAAUCGUAGAAUUUUAAGUUAUACACUUACAAAUAUUAGAGUUUUAAAAGAAUGUGUAAAAAUUGUUAAAAAACUUUUUACAGAAAUUGAAAGUUAUUGGAUUAUUUUAAAUAAUGAAAAAAAUAAUCAAUUGGAUAAAACUGAAGAAUUUACGGUUGAUCUUAGUCAAUGGACAAGGAGAUUUAUGACUGAUCUCGCUUUAAAUAUGAAUUUUAGUGAACAUGCAUUUAACAUGGCAAGUUAUUUUAAUUUGCUUAGUAAAUGUAAAAAUCCAAAUUCACAAGAAAUUGUCGAAUCUGAAAAAUUCCUGAAAAGCCUAUCCAUAUGGGUAGCAAACAUAAUAUUUCUGAUGUUUUGUCCAUCAAAAUUUAUUCGUCAUUAUAUACCUCCGUUUUCAUAUUUUCAAUCAAAAUUUCAAACGAAUUAUAAAUGGUUAAGUAACGCUUUUUCAAAAAUAAUUCAAAAGCGUAUGAAAGAAAUUGAAAAUGUACCACUAGAUAAAAUUCGUACGCAUGAUAUUUUAACCACUUUAUUAACUGUUAAUAUCGAUCAAGAGUUGGAAAAAAAUUACAGAGUUGGUGAAAAAAUAAAACCAAUGGAAGAAAUUGAGAUUGCAGGUGUAUUACUAGAAUUUUUUGUUGCUGGAGUUGAAACGCAAAAACUCAUUAAUGAAAUUGAUUCAGAAUUUCCAGAGUUAUCAUCAUUAAGUGAUAUGCUUACCUAUGAAAAACUUUUGAAUAAUCUUCCGUAUUGUGAUGCAAUUUUGAAAGAAACUAGCCGUUUAGGAACAAAUCCUCCGAUUAAUCCACGUGAAGCAUCCAAUCAUGAUGAGAUUGAUGGAUAUAUAAUUUCCAAAGGUUCUAUAGUAGUAGCUUGUACAGAUGCUAUCCAUUUACAUAAAGAUUAUUGGGAAAAACCUAAUGAAUUUAUCCCAGAAAGAUUCUUAUCUAAAGAAGAUUAUCCAUUAUCUAUGUCCCAGAAAUUAUAUACUUUUGGCAAUGGGUUAAGAGGUUGCAUUGGUAAACAAUUAGCAAUGAUUAAAAUUAAAGCAUUUUUAGUUCAAUUAUUUAGAAAAUAUGAUGUUGAACUUGUAGAUAAAAAUGAGAAUGCAAUACAUCAAGGUUAUGUUCUUAAAACUUGUGAUAGAUUAUUGAUUAAGCUUAAACCCAGAAAAGUUUAA